AUGACUGACGAGGCCCAGGAAGAGGUUCCAAGAGAUGUGCGGCUGUUACACCUGCUUCUAGCUUCGCAGGCCAUCCAGCAAUACGAAGACCAGGUCCCUCUGCAACUGAUGGAUUUUGCCCAUCGCUACACCCGGGGCGUGCUGAAGGACGCAAUGGUUUACGGGGACUACGCCUCCAACGACACAAACACAGAGCUUUCCGUCGAAGACAUACGAUUGGCGAUUGCCGCGCGUACGCACUACCAGUUCAAGCCCACCGCCCCCAAGGAACUGCUGCUGCAGUUGGCGUCAGAACGCAACAAAAAGGCCCUACCACAGGUUGUAAACAUGUGGGGCACUCGUUUGCCCCCCGAGAAGUACUGUUUGACAGGAAAAGAAUGGCGCUUGGAUGACGAAGUCGACGAAAAUGGGAACAAAAUCGGUUCUUAG